AUGUCGCUCCGCACAAUAGCAAGGACGCCGCUGAGCUGGGGCUCGCGAGUACAGACGACAAGAAGCAUGCCUCUGCGCGCAAACAUCACACACCCCGCUUGGAUGAGCGGGUCACGCAAGUAUGCCACUCCUACAGCAGACCUCCUCAAGGCGCAACAAGACGACGAUCCCGAUGAUGUCAUCUUCACCAACAACUACGGCGUCCGCAGUAUCGAACUCAAUCGCCCCAAGAAGCUAAACUCGCUCAAUGGCUCCAUGGCUCGCAAGAUCAUUCCCAGGCUGCAGGAAUGGGCCAAGUCGGACAUGGCAGGCGUCGUGGUCAUCAAGGGCUCAGGACGAGCUUUCUGCGCUGGUGGGGAUGUCGCAGCGUUGGCCAAGUGGAAUCAGGAGGGUCCUGAAGGACAGCAAAGAAGUGCAGACUACUUUGGGCUCGAAUACAAGCUAGACCACCUGAUUGCGACCUACACGAAGCCCUACGUGGCCUUUAUGGAUGGCAUCACAAUGGGUGGUGGCGUGGGCCUUUCCAUUCACGCGCCCUUCCGCAUCGCCACCGAGAACACGCUCUUCGCCAUGCCCGAGACCACCAUUGGCUUCUUCCCUGAUGUCGGCGCAUCCUUCUUCCUACCCCGGAUGGAGGGCUCCCUAGGCACAUACCUCGCCCUUACAUCGGAACAGCUCAAGGGCGUCGAUGCCUUCUACGCCGGCGUAGGCACACACUACAUCCACUCUUCGACUUUGCAGCAACUCGAAUCGCGUCUCGCCGAACUCCAAUUCCCCGACUACAUGCCCCUGCAAGAGCGCUUCAAGAUCAUCAACGCCACCAUCGAAGAGUACAGCACAGGUUUGCCAGCCGAUAAGCCCACCAUGUCUGGCGCACUGCGCAAGACCAUUGACCGCGUAUUCCACGUGGAUCAGCCAAGCAUCAAAGCAAUCAUACAAUCUCUUGAGGAUGUCAAGAGCGAUGCCAGUGCGCCAGCCCUUCAAAAGUGGGCAGACAGGACUAUCCAAACGAUCCACAGCCGGUCUCCCAUUUCGGUAGCCGUUACCCUACAACAAAUGCGCGUCGGUCGUCAAUGGUCUAUUGCGCAAACUUUCCAGCGCGAAUACGAUAUUGCAACGCAAUUCAUGUCGCAUGGGGAUUUCAUCGAGGGCGUUACCGCACGGCUGAUUGAGCGUAAGAAGGAGCGUCCCAAUUGGAACCCAAGCACACUCGAUGAUGUCAAGAGGAAAGACGUCGAGGCAUUCUUCAAUCCAGGCCAAUAUGGUCCGUUACCCCUGAUCAGCCAGACAGAUUACACAGAGUAUCCGCAUUCAUGGAUCGGGCUACCCAAGGAGGAUGAGAUCUUGAGGGAAGCCAGUGGAAAGAAGAGCGAGGACGUUGUCGCGAGUUUGCUCGAGAAGUACGAGGGCAAGCAGGGUGUACGGGAAAAGAUUGCAGAAGUACUGGAUAGGUUCAAGUCUUCUCUGCCUACUGCUCCUGUGAGCUACUCAUCCAGUCUCAAUGUGUACUUGGCUUCGACCACAGAAGUUGCAAACUGCAGACCGCAACACAGAAGUGAAGCGAUAACCCCGCCGCACCACAAUACCUCAACGCAACUACUUUCCAAGCAAGGAAUAUCCGUUGAAACAACGGCACAUAUUCGGUUCGAUACGCAAAACACCAACCUCGCCAGAUUCUUGGAAUCGGCCAAAUCCGGGUAUCCAUCCUCACGCUACCGGUACCCCACAACCCCGCAAAGCUUAUACGCACACCCAACUCGCCGCCAGCGUCAUACUGCAGGUGUCCCCCAAGACCAGCCAUCCGGUCCCAAGGAAUGUUCGGGAUGCCUCUUCCCCGGCUUUCUUCGCUGCCGCUUCCGAGGUUCGCCGCCGCCGACGCAGACUUCAUUCGUUUCGGACGUAGCCAUGUCUGCCAUCGAAAGCGCCUACAUGAACAGCAUGUCCGCGACUUCAAAGCACCGCUUCGACAUGCGUGCGGCAGGAUACCAUGGCAAAGACGCGAUACGGAUUCAGAAUGUGGACAAACGGGAAUGCGGCACGGGACAGAUCAGAAUCGCCCCGGCCAACGUAGCCAUCUGCGGCACCGCCCUGCCUGAUCACCUCGACGGCCCGGCUUUCGCAUCCACAACUCCCCAGAGCAUAACCAACGCCAUGAUCCCCUCCACCCUCGGCCACGAAUUCUCCGGCACCAUUCGCAAACUCGGUCCAGGCGUCGCCUCCUCUCUCUCCUUCUGCCCAGGCAACCACGUCGUCCUCCAACCUCACCCUCUACCGCACCGCCUGCCCCGCCUGCACCCGCAGCGCACAAAAUCUGUGCCACACGAGCGGCUUCAUCGGGCUCUCGAGCAGCAGCAGCGAGCUCAGCGACUCCGUCGUCGUCUGCGAGGCGCGUUAUAUGGCUGUUUUGGGGUGUUGAGGGGUGAUGUUGCAGUGUGUCAUUACUUAUUCAUCUCCCGGGAAAUCAAGGCCUGA